AUGAGCGGCAUCCCACCAGCACCAUCCCUGCCCGCGGGACCGCCGCCUAUUGUCUUCAAGACCUUCACGCCUCGGACACUACUGAAGUAUAACGGCACGGAGAACGCGCCAGUGUACCUCGCCGUCCGCGGCAAAGUCUACGACGUCUCUUCGGGCCGCAACUUCUACGGCCCCGGCGGCCCCUAUGAGAACUUCGCAGGCCGCGACGCUACUCGAGGCCUCGCCUGCCAGAGUUUUGAUGAAGAGAUGUUGACGAAAGACCUCGACGGACCGCUCGACCCUUGUGAGGAUUUGACUAGUGAGCAGGUGGAAAACUUGAACGGGUGGAUAGAGCGGUUUGACGAAAAGUAUUUGGUUGUAGGGAAGUUGGUGGCCUUCCACAAGACGGACUUCCAUUGA